AGCCGCAGUGGACCGUCGGCGCUGAGCUGAGGUGGACUUCUUCUCCCCGGCGAGUGUGAGAGCAGCGGUGUCUUCCAGCAGCCGGAGCUCGACGACGACGACGACGACGACGAAACCUCUCAGACAGCCGCUCAGACACCACGAUGAUCCGGAUCACCGCCUUCCUCGCCCUGCUGGUGGUCGCCUGCUCGGGAGAGAGCUGCACUGACCCGGUGAUCACCCCGUCGGCCUACACCACCUCCGACGCCGUCAUCUCCUCCGAGUCCGUCUUCAUCGUUGAGCUCAGCCUGGCCUGCGCCAACGGAGCACAGAGUGUCACCCUGUAUGCUGAUGUCAACGGAAGACAGUUCCCUGUGACCAGAGGCCAGGAUGUUGGGAAGUACCAGGUGUCCUGGAGCCUUCCUCACAAACAGGCCAGCUCUGGAACAUAUCAGGUUAAAUUCUUUGAUGAGGAGUCCUACAGUUCCCUGCGCAAGGCCCAGAGAAACAAUGAAGACGUUAAUGCCAUCCAGCCACUCUUCUCUGUCAAUAUUGACCACAGGGGUGCUUGGAACGGCCCAUGGGUGUCUACUGAGGUGGUGGCUGCCCUCAUAGGUAUCCUCUUCUAUUACCUGGCUUUCAGUGCCAAGAGCACCAUCCAAGCAUAAACAGACCCGCAGUCACUUGAGUGGUUAAAGACUGAAUUUUGGUGGAUCGAUGAUUCACCAUCCAGCGUUCCGGCCGAGCCAACAGGAUUUUGCCACUUGACCUGCCUUGGGACAAGGAGUAAGAGUAGCGGUCUUUGUGUUGUUUUUUAUUCAGACUGUGUCUGUAUGCCGUCUGUCUUACGACUUUACAGUUUUUUCAGGAGUUUGUCCUGUCGAUAUGGAUGGUUUUUUGUAAUUUUCUUUCUUUUUGGUAUAAAAACAGACAAAUAAACCUGGACCACAUGAAUAAAUAAAACCAAAUUGGAUUGCG